AUGCCUUCAACCACACGGAGAUCUCCCCGCAAACCGGCCAGUUCUCAAGGAACUGUCAUCAUUGGGAUUGAUUUCGGAACAACUUUCUCCGGUGUCGCUUUCACCUGGUCCAACCAAGUCGACAAAAUCGAGAUCAUAACCGGCUGGGACGAUGCCUUGAGUGACAACACUGAUGAGUGCAAGGCACCCACCGCUAUUUCCUACGGUACUGGGAAUAAGGUGACCUGGGGCUAUUCUAUUGAGCCGGAAAAGGAACAGCUUAAAUGGGUUAAGCUUCUACUCCUCAACGAUGAGGAUAUCCCGGAAGAAGUCAGAACCUCAGACAAGAUCAAGCACGCUCGUGAGUACCUUCAAAAGCACAACAAGACAGCAGAAGAAGCGGUCACGACGUUUCUGCGCCAUCUUUGGGAGCACUCGAUCGAUUGUAUCACCAAAUCAAUCAGCAGAGGCAUGGUCAACUAUGCUCAGUUUCAUAUUGUAAUCACGCUUCCGGCCAUUUGGCCGAGCUACGCACGCGAGAAAAUGAGACUUGCGGCCGAGCAGGCUGGUAUGCUGGACAAAAGGAUGGGCGUUGAGACCCAACUCACUUUCAUCUCUGAGCCUGAGGCGGCUGCCAUAGCCACUCUUGCGGACAUGGAAGGGCGUUUUGACGUGAAGGAUGAAGACACAUUCGUCGUGGCGGAUUGCGGCGGUGGAACUGUGGAUCUAAUAUCGUACAAACUGAUUCAAGCCGAACCCAUGAUCGUCAAGGAGUGUGUGAAAGGAAGUGGUGGGUUGUGCGGCGCAGUUUUCCUCGAUGAAGCCUUCACGAAUGUCCUCAAGGGCAAGUUUGGCAAGAAAUGGGAGAUGAUGGACGAGUCGAAUCGGCGCGACAUGGUUCGCACUCAAUGGGAGACUGGCAUCAAGCGGAACUUCAAGAUGAGCUCCAACAAAUCCUACAACAUUCGUAUCCCCAUGGAAUGCUUGUUGGCAAAAGAGAGACGCGUUAUAGGAGCCUCCACCUCCGUUCCUACCAUUACCAUUUUGCCUGGAGACGUUAGAGAAGCAUUUGAUCCCAUUGUUGACCAGAUCAACAGUCUCAUUGAUGGCCAAAUCAACGCCGUCAAAGAGAAGGAGGGGGUUAGCCCAAAGUAUGUCAUCUUGGUCGGUGGCUUUGGUCGUUGCAACUAUCUAUACGAUAGAGUGAACGAGAGGUUCGGCGCGGAGGUUGAGGUCCUCCAGGCAAAGGGGGCUAAACCAUGGACAGCCAUCUGCCGCGGGGCCGUCAUUCAUGCCGCGACCCAAUCUGGAAUUGGGAAGCUCUCUGUCCAAGUUCAAACUAGAGUUGCACGCGCGAGUUAUGGCAUCUGUUGGAACGAGCCGUGGGACACUCGGCGUCACGAUCCUGAGGACAAGUAUUGGUGUGAAAUCGAUCAGCAAUAUUUCGCACGAGGCCAAAUGGCAUGGCUUCUUAAAGAGGGAGAUGACAUUUCUGCUCAAGAACCAACAAGUCUUAGAGUCAAGCAGACCUUUGAUCGCAAUGGACCCCUGAAGACGCCCGAGGACGAGGAGAUAUUCGAAACGAACAUCUUCCCCCCUCCGACCAGAUGGGACCCGGAUGUUAUCAAACAGCUGUGCUCCAUCAAAUGGGAGACAGUCAUCGACCCUUCCACGUUGCCGAAGUUCAAGAACAGGGUCGGAGAAGUCUACGGGGAACUGAUCUACCGUUGCGAAAUGACAUGCUCGGGAGAGUCGAUGGGCUUUGCGAUCUAUCGUGGUAGGAAGAAGGAAGGCUCCAAGAGCGUGAAGGUUGACUACAACACCCGUUGA